UGCGUCACGUGAUUAUCAUGUGAUAUUUUUCAGUCGGUCAAAAGUUGGUAAAGUUAUGUUUCAGCUCCAUAAAAUAUUGACCAUUCUAGGUCUUACCGUUGUAGCUAGUGGUCUUUCAAGUGCCAUUUACAAAGGACCGUUGAAGUUCAGACCACGGGGAUGGGCAGAGCCAAAGCAGGAGUGGAGUUAUGUGGAUGUGAGAAAGGGGGCUCAUAUGUUUUACUGGCUCUAUCACACCACAGCACCUGGGGGUAUCCAGCAGGCACCCCUUAUAAUGUGGCUUCAGGGAGGUCCUGGUGGAUCUGGUACCGGUUUUGGAAACUUUGAGGAGAUAGGGCCUCUUGAUGUGCAACAGAACCCAAGAAAUACUACAUGGCUGCAAGCUGCUAGCCUGUUGUUCGUUGACAACCCUGUAGGGACGGGUUACUCAUAUGCUGACAGUAAGGAGUACUUCACUCACGAUGUUGCUGGUAUCACAGCUGACAUGAUGGUUGUUCUCAAGACUUUCUUCAUGGAAAAAUCACCACAGUUCCAGGAAGUGCCAUUCUAUAUUUUCUCUGAAUCCUAUGGUGGGAAGAUGACAGCAGCUAUCAGUCAGGCCCUUUAUAAGAAUAUUCAGGCUGGCAACAUCAGCUGUAACUUCAAGGGCCUGGCAAUGGGAGAUUCCUGGAUCUCUCCUGCAGACUCCACUGCUACCUGGGCCCCAUACCUCUACACAAAUUCCCUGGUUGACCAAGCAGGUUACAAGGCCAUAAAUGACUCUGUGAAGAAAGUUCUCCAGGACAUUGCAGCUGGUCAGUGGUCUGAAGCAACGGGAGCGUGGGGCUCAACCCAGACAGUAGUUGACCUUCAGACUAACGGGGUCAACUUCUAUAACAUCCUCAAGUGGGGCCAGCAGGAAUCAUCAUCCAGGUUCACUGGAAAUUCCAUUGGUGAUUGGCUGCUGUCAAAACUCCAUGCAGAGAGCUUGGAUGACCUGAUGAACAAUGAAAUCAGGGAGAAACUUGGAAUCAUUCCAAAACAAGUCAAAUGGGGAGGCCAGUCAAAUGAAGUGUUUGAAACCCAGUCUGAGGACUUCAUGAAGCCAGUUGUCGACAUAGUUGAUGAUCUCAUACAGAACACGAACCUUAAAGUGGUUGUAUACUCAGGACAGCUAGAUCUCAUUGUUGAUACUAUAGGCACAGAGCAAUGGGUGUACACAUUGUCCAUAGCUGACAAGUACCGAGAAGCCAGCAGGAAACCAAUACUGGACCCGGUGUCACAUCUUACCUCCGGUUUCGUGAAGACUGUGGAUAACUUCUCCUUCUAUUGGAUACUGGAUGCAGGCCAUAUGGUUCCUUCAGACAAUGGAGCGACAGCCCUGAAGAUGGUGCGGAUGAUAACUGGGUUGGAAGACUGAUAUACAGGCAAUCCGGGCAUAAAAUUUUGGUGUGCAUGAUCCAUUGACACAGGCUUCUUCCAUGGCAUUAUUGAAUACAACUGCAUUGAUACUUGAAAUAUUUCAAAUUAUUUGACUUGUAUUGUUUUUCAUAGUUUUUAUAUAAUUGCAUAAUACGAGACCUUACAUAUUGUCGCAAUUUUUAUUCAAAUUUUAUAUCUACAUAAUUCAUUAUUACUUAUUAGAUGUUAUAUAUCUCUUUGUUGUGAUUUUAGGUUUGCUUAUAUGAAAAUAAAGUAGUUUAUAGGCACAAAUUGCUAUACAUUUAAUGACAAUUUUUUGUAAGAAUUAUUCUCGUUUACUCUUAUUUGUGAAUGGAAACAUGUGAUAUAACUUGUUCAGAUUUGCUUAUGACUUAUAUAAAUAAGUUAUUUUCAUUGAUCCAUAAUUUUAUUAAAGUUUAAUUUAUCUGAUUGCCUCGGCAUAUUUUGUACUAUAAGUUACAUUAUAUUUUGAUAUUAAAAUACACCGUUAAAUUCAAUCUGACCAGUUUUGAGCCAAUGCCAAAUGUUACAUAUUAGGAAACGUAAACUUAAAUUGACAUAUUUAAUAACUUCAAUUGACUUGAAUUUAACAUAUUUGGCAGGGAUUUAAGUUGUAUUGAAAUAAAAUCAUUAUUUAACAUAGAUUUAUCCAUAUUGCCAUAUAGAAUAUUGUUAUAUAAUAAUUUAUAUUUUGUUUCACCCCAUUUAUUUACAAAUUGUUUAUGGACAUUAUACGACCACACAUACUGACAAUGAAUUAAAAUGCUCCACCCAUUAAGUAUAGAAUAACAGAUAUUUUCAUGGUAUUCAUUUGCUUUUUAUAUAUGGCCGACGGUCUAAAUGGUAACACCAUGACCACAUGUAGCAUAAAUUGGCCUGUUGCAAAGUACUUGUACAGUAAGGCGUUUUGGUAGAUGGCCUUGUUAACAUGUCACAUGGCUUAUAAUCAUUUCACUUUCCCCUUGUACAAUUACAGGGAUUUUGUUCAAGUAAUAUGGAUGUAGAAUGUACGUCAACGCGAUGAAUUGACAUAUCGUGAUGAUUAAACUUUUGAUAUCA